AUGGAAUGCAUGAAAGGAGGUGAACUUUUCACAAGAAUUCAGGAGAGAGCAAAUUCAGCAUUUACUGAGAGAGAGGCAGCAGCAAUUAUCCGGGACAUUGCUGUGGCUAUCAACCAUUUACACAAAAUGGAUAUCGCACACAGAGAUAUCAAGCCAGAAAAUUUAUUAUAUACGGAAAACAAUAAGAAUGGUAUUCUAAAAUUAACUGAUUUUGGUUUUGCAAAAGAGACAAAUACUUCCAAGUCAUUGAAGACUCCUUGCUUUACACCGUAUUAUGCAGCUCCGGAAGUUCUAGGCCCUGAAAAAUAUGACACCUCAUGUGAUUUGUGGUCUUUAGGAGUUAUUAUGUAUAUAUUACUGUGUGGCUACCCACCUUUCUACAGUAACCAUGGCUUGGCAAUUUCUCCUGGAAUGAAGAGAAGAAUUCGGAAGGGGGAAUAUGAAUUUCCAAGUCCGGAAUGGAACCAAAUUUCUCAGGAAGCCAAAGACCUCAUCAAAGGUUUAUUAAAAACGGAUCCUGACAAGAGAUAUAGCAUUGCAGAUGUGAUGGCUAAUCCUUGGGUCGGUAAUGUUGUCACUGUUCCUAACACGCCGCUGUUGUCCCUUAAAAAUCUUCGAGAAGAUGCCACCGAAUGGUAUGAUGUGCAGGAGGAGAUGACGAAUGCAUUGCAGAGUAUGCGAGUAGAUUAUCAAUAUCAUAUCAAGAAUCCCAAAGAAUCCAACAACAAACUAAUAAUGAAGAGAAUGAAAAAACCAUGA